CGAAGGAAGGAAGGAGGAGAUGGGUGGCGGCAUGGAGGUGCACAAAAACCGGUGGAUCGAAGAGUGGAACGCCGGCCGCGAGAACCUCGAGUUCAAUUUCCGCUGGACCCGCCGCAGCCUCGCCGUCGUCGGCCUCUUCGGCCUCGCUGUCCCCAUCCUCGUCUACAAGGGCAUCGUCCGCGAAUUCCAUAUGCAGGACGAGGAUGCAGGCCGGCCAUACAGGAAGUUCCUGUAAGCGGCGUCCAGGGCUGCAGGAGACGUCGAUCCCUCGACCGGGGCUGCGAGGAGGGGAGUUUCCAUUCAGUUUGUGUCGGUAUUGUUUUAGUCUGAAUCUGAUGGAGCAGUUUGGAAUGCUGAACUAUUGUGCCUGAUCCAAAUGAAUAAGGUGUAAUGACUCGUCUUUUCAAUUACUGAAACUGAACAUGUUUGAAUUU